AUGAUGAAAAGUAUCAACUAUCAUGGAUUCCUUAUAACGAAUUUCAAGAUAUAGACGAGAUAGGAAAAGGUGGAUUUGCGACCGUGCAUUAUGCGUAUUGGCACGAUAAAAAUAGAAAUUAUUGGAAUGAAGUUGCACUUAAAUUGAUUCAUGAUUCAAAUAAAUGUAAUCAAGAAUUUAUCAAUGAG